ACGUCAAUUUUAUUCCCCAAUUUUAUACUACCACGCUAUUCCUUUCCUUUCCAGAACAACCAAAUCAAAAUCAAAAUUUCCCUUCUCAAAUCGGAAAUUAGGGUUCCUUCCCACCAUUCCAAUUCUCGCAGUCUCUGAUCGGAAUCAACUGUGCCAGGUGAAGUUGAUUGAUAGAGGAUGGGGGCAUUGAUGUCAAGGUUCUGGUUCAUGCUAUUCCCUGCAAAGGAGUAUAAGAUUGUGGUGGUUGGGUUGGACAACGCUGGAAAGACCACCACCCUUUACAAAUUGCAUCUUGGUGAGGUUGUCACUACCAACCCCACUGUUGGUAGCAACGUUGAAGAGCUUGUCUACAAGAAUAUACGAUUCGAGGUCUGGGAUCUUGGUGGCCAAGAAAGACUCCGGACAUCAUGGGCAACAUAUUACCGCGGAACUAAUGCUGUAAUUGCAGUGAUCGACAGCAGCGAUAGAGCCAGGAUCUCUAUUAUGAAAGAUGAACUUUUCAGGUUGCUGGGGCAUGAUGAGUUAAAGCAAUCUGUCAUUCUUGUCUUUGCUAAUAAACAAGAUAUCAAGGAUGCUAUGACUCCUGCUGAGAUCACUGAUGCACUAUCCCUUCACAGCAUCAAGGAUCAUGAUUGGCAUAUACAAGCAUGCUGUGCCCUCUCUGGUGAAGGGCUGUAUGAUGGUCUUGGAUGGAUUGCCCAGAAAGUAACUGGCAAAGCAGCAACAUGAUGUUGGUUUGCUGGAAACUAAGGAUGAGAUUCAUUUUUCAUGUACUGAAUUUAUAUGAUGAGUGACAGAGUCAAACCAAACCAAGCUAAUUUGUAGAUUGUUACAGUUUCAAUUUGUCUAAAGGAUCAUAUUGUUUACCUCUGAUAUCAGGAUUGAAACCACUACAAUCCUACCUUAUUCCAAAUGCUUUACAUGAAAUAAAUAUGCUUUAUAAUCUAA